GUCUCGAUCAAGAUUAGGCUGAAGCGUUGUGAACCAACGCGAGCGGAAAAUUGCAUUCCUCUAAUGCCUGUCGCUGCUACUGCGGAUGGCAGAGUUUCUAGGCUCCCUCGUUCAAGUCCUGGCUCUCCUUCGACCAUUACUCGCUCGGGAAUUCCUCCUGUUGAUUCAACACUAAAAGCUGGUGCUUCCAAGACGCCGUCGACUCUCCGUCCAAAGUUUUCUUCUUCGACGUUAGGACGCGCAUAUGUAGCUAUACCACCGGUUGAACUGCCCAGAUCACCUCAAUCUGGCUCUUCACUUCUCACCACACGAGCCCCCACUGCCGCAAUCCGCACUCAGAAGUCCACUGGCUCUCUGAGAAGUGCUACUUCUACCGCUCGUUCUCCUGCCUCUCCCACUCCAACAAGUCGAUUCGCAGCCCCUACGCCGAUCAAACGUGCCGCGAACAUCUCUAGAACGAACACACCCAUACACAAAGCACCUUCCACUGGAAAUUUCAAAUCUUCAACGUCCACUUGCCCAGAUGGCACGGAGGAAGAGGUGCCUGCUCCACCGAAGAGCAUCAAAGAGCUUUUGGCUUUGAAACGUGCAGAGGUGAAAAGAGCACGCGAACUCAAAUCCAAAGAGAGUCAAGCAAGUCUUGCACAGCUGGAUGAUGUCUUUGGAACAAAUGAAGAACAUUGGGAGAAACCUGCAGUAACGAUGGAGGAUGCUGAGGACGAACUGCUUGGACGGCCGACCAUUCGGCAGGCGAUUGAGAAGGCUCGUUCGAAUGGCCACUUGAACUUGUCUUCUAGGCAGCUGAAAGUUAUACCGAGAAUACUGUACACGAUGCAUCUUGGGGUAGAACCGAAACGACUAGCUGCAGAAAAUGAACAACCUCAGAGCCCCACGAAGGAAGCCAGUGAAGUGUCGUGGUAUGAAGCUCAGGACUUGACCAUCCUGAAAGCUGCAGAUAAUGAGAUUCAAGAGAUUCAGGAAGAGAUUGGAUUGUUUGGUGGACUAAAGACAAUUGAUUUCCACAAAAACCCACUCAGUGCUUUACCUAUCGAGUUCUCCGAUCUGGGCGCAUUAACACACUUGGACUUGUCAUCAUGUCAAUUCGAGACCAUUCCUCCGAUGUUAGCGCACAUACCUUCGCUCACAAAUUUGAAUUUGUCAAACAACAUUAUUGCCUCGGUCACAUUAGGUCUUACGCCGUUGCCCGCUCGGCGUUCAUCAGAUCCGUUCUUUCGCCCUUCUUCACCUUCCCGGCAGCCUGCCACACCCUUCCCCGUUCUGCAAAUCCUUCAAUUGCAAGGCAAUAAACUCACUGGACCUCUAAUCAACUCUGCGCUUCCGAAGUCAUUAAUCAAACUCGACGUCUCACAGAAUCCUAUCGGUGAUGAAUGCGAGCCACUCUUUGCGUCACUUGCUGCUCUUCCAUGUCUCAAGGAGUUGAGGAUGCGGGAGUGCAAGAUUUCGGAUGCAGGUCUUCCGAAGGAAGCUUCAGUGUCAACUCGGACCUUCCCCAGUUUGGAAGCAAUGGAUUUGGGUAUGAACGAAACUAUCACCGAGGCGGCUGUACGUGCCAAGCUGUUUGGGGAUCGAGAACUCCAUAUCGUGCAGGAUAUUGAUAUGACAGCUACCCAUGAGGCACCAAAACGAGCUGACUCGUUGAUUCCUAUCCGAAUUGCGGUUGGAAAAAUUAUCCGCAGGGAGGCAUGGGAGAUAGAGGCCGAAAAGCGGGCUAUACUGAGACGAAAGGGCGGAAGACCCGUAGAACUCGAGACGGUGGACAACGAGGAUGAUCCGUUCGGUUUUGGUACGGGUUUUGGGACGAGGGGCACACCUGCCAAAAGAGUCAGCACGCCGAUUCAGGAGCCCAAAGAUGCAUCAGCACCCUCAUCACCAGCCGCUCCUACUCUUACUCCUGCUCCUGUUCCGCGUCCACCCGUGAAAGCACAAUGGGAGCUUGAUGCUGAAGCGGGGUUGAAUACUGCGGCAGGUCGGAGGCGGGCAGAGGCGAAGCUUGUUGCCAAUGAGGUUGAGAAAGUUUCUCCGCAUUCUUCGUCUGAUUCCGUUCCUUCACUAGACAAAUACUACACCGCAGCACGUGGAACACUCUCCCUUCCACCAGCCUUACCCACUCCAAAAGGAAGGUUGGGGAACAGUAGGUCACGGGUAUUUCAUUCCCUAUCUCAGUUAGACGGUGGAGGCAACAGUGAUCCGAUUGUUCCCUUGCAAACCAUGCCUCUUCCCCUAAUACUUUCUCAGCCAUGGUCAGCUGCUCUGCGUGUUCUAGAACUAAGCAACCGUCGAGCGGACGUAUGUAUUGUUCAACCUCUUCUGGAUGCACAAGUAAACAACAUCCUACCUGGGCUGGAAGAGCUAAAACUAGAUGGAUGCAAUUUGGGAGACACUGUCCGGAUCAGAGAGGGCUCGUCACCGCUGCUUUCGGCAUCUACUUCAUCCCCUGAGAAAAGCGGGGUUACGUCAACCGAAUCAACUAUACGCGCUCUGAUACGACUCUUCCCGAAACUCAAAGUCCUGGAUCUUUCUUUCAAUAAUUUAACAACGUUGGAUGGAGUCGAGGAAAUAUUCAUUCCAUCAUUAGCUAGUACAGAAGCGAGCGGCGUUGCGGGCAGCAAUGAUGAUGGUGGACUCAAGGUUCUGAGGGCGAGGUCUAAUCAGAUUGAUGACGGCGGAUUAGCGCCUCUGGUGCUUCUGGGUCAAAAGUUCCGACAGGGACAGAUAGCCGGGGAACAGUGGGAAGUUGACAUUCGGGAAAAUAGUAUUGCGAAGGUACUGUACCGUUCGAUCCCAAUUGUCUUUUUUCAACCGAUCACUCGUUGGUUGUGCGAAAAGGGGCUCCCGUCGUCGGGACAUCGUUAGUGCAGAUCAAAUUCGCACACAUCACCCUCGUACUUUCCCACUGGUGACUAACUCGAUCCUUUUUGUUGUGUCUUCUAGUUGCCACCUGAACUUGGCCUGUUGCCUUUGGAUAUUCUACUCGUCGAAGGAAAUAAGUUCCGGGUACCUAAUCGGAGAGUUUGGGAGAAAGAAGGUAAGCGAACUUGCUCCACAUGAAUUCAGUUGUUGUGAUUGCUGCGGUUGUUGCACCAGGCACGAAAGGAUUGUUGCAAUGGUUGCGGGAUGCACUGGUUUGAACUUUCAGGACACGCAGCAGCGGAACACCAAUAUUCGAUCAACUAAACUUCUGCACUCUCCGAUAUUUUUCCCACUUUUUUUAGCUUCUGAUGUUAUUUCAUGAACAAUUUCAUUUCUCGGGAGGAACU